AUGGAUGAAGGAAAAGCUCUCAAAAACAAAGUAGAGAAACCAAAUGAGUCGCUGAAAGCGAAUCAGCAGAAAGACUCUACUGCAGCGGCAAAGCCUGCAGACCCAAAUGCGCCAGUCAAGAUUAGGAAGAAGCCUGGACGCAAACCAAAUCCUCAGUCACCAGCUAUUAGAAAAGCGCAGAACCGAGCUGCACAAAGAGCUUUCCGAGAAAGAAAAGAACGACACCUUAGGGAAUUGGAAGUAGCGCUCAAGCAAAUAAAGGACCAGCGUGAUCGCGUUCUGAAGGAGAACAACAACCUGAAAGCUGAUAUCGAUAUUUAUCGUGCCGAGAACUGGUAUCUGAAAGGAAUCGUUCUCACCCUACAACUAGUGUGCUAUGAGAACAAUCUGGUUAUUCCGCAACACAGCCCAUAUCUCAACGAACCAGCACUUUCAAUCAUGGCACAAAGUAUUCCAGAAUCCAUUUCUGCUUAUUUGGAUAUCAACGCACACAACAAGCUUCCUGUACCUUCCAAGCUAGUAGAACCAAUUCCUUCACCCACCUUGGAGUUUUCUCCGCUGAAAUUUGCACCAACGCGGGAAAGGUCAGACUCCAUUUCUUCUAGCUAUUAUCCAAAUAGCCCGCCAGCCAAUCCUAGCUUUUCCGACGAACUCAACUCCCAUGAAAACUCCAAUACGAUUAAUCCAUCAGGCUUGAUUAUGCUACCCGGUGAUCAUGCCAGUAUCAACAUACCCGAUCUUGAGAGUAAAGACCUUGGAACUUUGUUUUCCAGUACAGCUUCACUCGAUGAAUCGGGAGACAUUGACAUGGACGAGAAAUCAUGCUCUGCCACUUCUUCAAGCCGAAGAUUAUCUGACGUCUCACUUUCAUCCAAGUUACCACCCAGCCCACCGCCUUUUCAUAAAUCCUUCUUCGAUUCGAAAGUGGAAGUUGGUCAUCCGACAGCCACUCCACCGUCACCACCGCCCACUUGCAGGCACUCUCCUGAAGACUCAGGCAACGACAACCAGCCUCCACCAAUGUCCGCUAUAGCGGCCAUACAAGCAAUACGAUUGAAACUACGUCUUCAGCUCCUCACUCAAAAUGACAAUGUCUUUCCACCACAUAUUCAGCCUACUAUCCUGCAGCUUUCCAUCCCACACGACCCCCGCAUCGAUCUUAUUCCGACCGCUCAUAUGCGCGAUCGAAUGAUUAUCUUCAGAGACCAAUUCGAUAUGGACGACUGUUUCAAUAUGCUCAUUACGCGAGCAGUAUUUCAUGGAGGAGACCCAGGGGAUGCCUCAGCAUGGGAACUCCCUGCUGACUUUUUCGAAAAGUACUGGUUCUUAACCAUUAACUACGAUUUAAAGCGCACAAAUCGUUGGAGGAGGCUACAGGGUUUGAACGAGCUGAGUCUAUUUGAUAAUGUCAUGGAGCCAUUCCUUGAUACCGCGGGCGGUAAUACGGCAACAAAUGGACAAUGUUCACGAAAUGAUACAGAUGUUGGGGCUACCGGGUAUGCCGGUACCGAAGACACUUCAUUGUUCCAUCACCACUUUGAUACUUCUAUGAUGGACACCGACCGCAGCUUCGAACAAUCUGCGCAAGCAACCACAUGGUAA